AUGGUUCUUUCGGAUGCUAAUGGCAACGAUUCUGUCCCUACCCUAUCGGGCCAUGUGGUCACCAAGAUCUUUAGGCACGACUGCCAGGCGCGCCAAUGUCCAAGCAGAUGGUCCAUCAGAGACAAUCAUCACGAUGAAGAGAAGGUUCUCUUUGAUGCCAUAGCCACAGAUCCAAUAGUUCACCGCCACUAUCUAAAUGGCAAGAAAUGGUUGACCGAUUCCUUUACUAUCCAAAGUCCGGAAAUGAGAGCAUUUUUGAAAAGCGCUCUAGCCAACUAUCAGGACUUCGACCCCAGUCUCGACGGUUGGACCUUUAGGAGCCCUUACAAGGCACUCGUCCAUCGAAGGGACCGCAUUCUUGAGCUGUCCAAAUCAAUACCCAAAGAAACCGAACAAUCGGUCAACUCUCUUAUUUUCCCACCUGGUGAACUGGUGAUGACGACCUUGUACGGUGUUGAAAUCAUGUGCCGUGUCACCCGUUAUGGGUUUUCCAGGCAUGGGAACUUUUGGACCAUCAAGCUCCAAUACGUGGACUGGAAUGGCCAGAAGUGUGGCUUCGCCAAGGCCGUCAUCGAUAUAAGUUUCUACGCAGGAGAACGCCAUGUGACAUCUCUGCCCGUGUAUCCUGUCAAGUUUUGCGAGUCUAUGGAAGAGACCAAGGGGCGACUGCUUAAGCGGGGGCGCUUGUUUGAAGCCCUCCGCGGCUAUCAUUUCAAGUCUUGUACGGGUACACAAGUCCUUUUGGAAGAGGCGCUGAACGAAGAACGACCGAUUUCGGGAAGAGUGAUUAUAGAUACGCAUACUUACUAUCAGUCUCGCAACAGGAAGCACCCUAGUCUUGGGUCUUUGGAAUCUGAAUCGCCUUCAGAUAAUCCCAAGUUGCUUGAAGGUAGUCAGGAUACGGCAAGGCAAACCAUCAGGGACAGGAAUCCAGCAGUUCCGCCUUCUUACCAUGACAACAACCAGGGGGAUCUCGUUCCGUACAACGGCCAUGACGGGAACCCUUUUGCCCCGCCACACCAGCCCAACUCCUACUUCACACCUCCGCCUGACAUGCAAGGUCCAGGGCCUGAACCAAUCUCGAACUAUGGCCCGAAUGGACCGUAUCAUUCAUCGUACCCAGCUCAAUCUUCUUACCCAACUCGGCCUCCUCCCUCCCAUCGUCGUCGUCCUAUAGCUCCGGCACCCCAAAAUCAUUAUCCCCACAUCAGCCCUGAACAGCCACGAGGGGGCCACUACCCGGAGCGUCGAAACUCUUUUACCUCCGAGUCCGAUUAUACCGACGAUGAAGGACAUCCCGGGCCACAAUACAAUACAGGCGGGUCACUCCCUGCCGGUCCCAGAAGGGGCUAUGUAACCACCGAUACAAGAAAUAGGAUAACAGCAAGCAUCGAAGCUAGAUCCGAGAAUCUGGAUCGGCUCACAGAUGAGCAAUGCAUGUUGACCACGCCUUGGGUCAUCGGACUGGACAUGAACACAAAGCUGUGGAGCAAAUUCCGUGUUGAUGAACUUGAGCCCAUUGAUUGGAACGACGAAUCUUACGAGAAUCUCAUCCUCCCGGAAAAGGAGAAGGAGCUUGCCUGGGCGUUUGUGAAGAACAAGGCGUUGGCCGACAGCACCAAGUUUGAGGAUUUCAUCAAGGAUAAAGGGCGCGGCAUAAUUAUUCUUAUGUUCGGACCUCCUGGCGUGGGCAAGUCAUACACGGCUGAAGCGGUCGCCGAAAGAGCUCGCGUGCCGCUCUAUACAAUGAGCGCAGCAACAUUGGGAACCAACCCUAAACGUGUCGGGGACUGUUUGGAAUACGCGCUCAAUCUAUGCCGGGCUUGGAAUGCCAUGCUCUUCUUGGAUGAGGCAGAUGUCUUCCUUGGCUCUCGAUCUGAUGCUGAUCUAACCCGUAACGAGCUUGUUGCCGUGUUCCUCACAAAGCUUGAGUACUACCAAGGCAUAUGCUUCAUGACCACAAAUCGGAUGUCAAGUAUUGACCUCGCAAUGCAGUCUCGUGUUGAUCUAUUCCUCCGCUACGGGGACCUCACUCAGGAGACACGGUACUGCGUGUGGAAGAACUUCAUUUCUGGGGCCUGUGCUACGCGAUUUGAUAUCAGCGAUGAGGACCUGGACAAGCUCUCCAAGUAUAAGCUCAACGGCCGAGAGAUCAAGAACCUUGUCAAGACAGCACAUCUGUUGAGUCUUGGCAAUGUCGAGGGGAAGAUCAGCUUGAAGACAUUAUGUAUGCUUGCUGACAACCGUAUCCAAGCACUGGAGACUCUCAAGGGAGCAUGA